UGUAAAAAGAUUAAAAAAUAAAAGAAUCAAAUAAAAAGAAUUUUAAUAAUAAAAAUGUAGUCCUCUAAACCUUCUAUUAUUUUUGUUAACUAGCCUGAAUAGAUAAUUGAUGAAGCCCUCAAAAGCUAAAUUAAAAAAAAGAAAGUUGAAGACUCUUUUGACUUGUCAAAAAUAUUAGAAAAUCUUCAUGCUAUAAAUAUUUUUGAAAGUUUUAGAAAAUAUGUUCCUUUAUCCUAAUACGAACAAUAAGGUGAGGAGUACUAUAAGUUAAAGUCAGAAUAAAAUGUAUAAAAAUACAUGAAAUUGUUAGAUGGCACAGCUCAUAUUAUUGUUGAAGUAAGAAACGAUGAAGGAUUAUUAUUAAAUUAAGAGAGCAAGGAUAGAUCUUUGAAAAUUUCACUCUUUAACGAGGAAUCCAACCAUUUUACUGGAUAUCAUUAUGCAUGUCUAUUUUUAGAAGAGGGAGAAGAAGCUUGGUUUAUAUUUGAUGAUGGAUACACAACCCCAUUUAGUUUUGUGAACACACUUUAGUCUUAUUAAAAAGAUAUAGAAACAUAAUCAGUAUCUAAGGUUUAUAAAAUAAAAUUAGAAAAAUUAAAGCUGUAGGUUAAGAAAAGAGAGUUCAAAGAAGGAUAGGAAAUAACAUAAGAAGAAAGAAAAAUUAUUAGAUAAGAAGAAAUUGAAAAUUUGAAAUUAUAGAAUUAAGAACUUUAACAUAAAAAAGAAGAUAUUACUGAAAAGUACUUCAGAUAAGGAAAGUUUAAUGAAGCUUUUUAGAAAUAUUAAAAGCUUGAAAUACAUACAGAAAAUAUUUACAACAAGUAUGCUAAAUUUAUUGAAGAUACUUAAGAAGACAUAAUAACUAUCAAAGCACUAAAAAUUUAAAUAGCAUAAAAUAAAACAGUGGCUGCAAUGAAAGCAAAACUAUACUCAAAAGCUUGUGAGAGUGCUUAAGAACUACUUAAACUGGACCCUGAAAAUUAAAAAAUGCUUUAUGCUUAAGCUAAGAGCCUAUAUAAGCUCUCAUAUUUUGAUUAGGCUUAUGUUGAGUUAUAAUAAUACAUUAAAAAAUUUCCAGAUGAUGCCUAGACUAAAUUAGACUUUGAAUAGUAUAUAAAUACUUGCAAGUAAAAACUGGAAUAAAGUUAGAAAAACCAAGCAAAAAAUUAUAAAAAGAUUUUUGAAAAUAUGGAAUAAGAAGAGUAAAAAGAAAAACUAAGAAAACUAACUUAAAAGAGCAUAGAUGAAAGCUUAAAGUAAGAUAAAGAAAUAAUUAUCAAUAAGAUUCUCAACAAAGAUGGAUAUGAGUUCAAUACAGAGUUUGAUUUGAUAUAAAAUUUAGAUGAAGAUAGUUCUUAAAAUAAUAUUUGA